UGUGCGUUUGCGAGUAGAUACUCGAUCAAUGUGAGUUCUUCAAUUAUCCUAAAAUAUAUUGUUCAUCUGUUUUUCUAGUUCGUAAAUUUAUAAUUUUAAAUAUAUGGCACCUACGGUUAAAAAACCAGAGACGGCUGCCGCCGCAGCACCUGCAAAAGGUUCCAAAAAGAAGCCUCAUGGCACCCCCAGAAAUUAUGAUUUAGGUAAUGGAGUAGUGAGGUUCUCAAGGUCUCGUACCUAUCACAAGAAAGCCUUAUAUAAAUUCAUGGGAAAGAAAACAGCCAAGGCCGAAACACCAAAGAAGCCAGUAUCUGUUGAAAAACCAAUUGGUGGUGACAAGAAUGGUGGUACCCGUACAGUCAAGCUUCACAAGAGGCACGGACUCUACCCAACACAAAAGGAAAUUGCUAAGCACCCAUCUAAGAAAUGUUUCCGCCAUCACAAACGCCAUUUGCGACCAACUUUGCAGCCUGGUACAAUUUGCAUUGUUUUAGCUGGACAACAUAAAGGAAAACGUGUAGUUCUUCUUAAACAGUUGGACUCUGGAUUGUUACUUGUUACAGGUCCCUUCUUAAUCAAUGCAUGCCCAUUGCGUCGCAUUUCCCAAAACUAUGUCAUUGCCACCUCUACCCGAUUAGACGUUAGUGGAGUUAAAUUACCAGAACACAUCAAUGAUGAUUAUUUCAAAAGGCAAAAGAACAAGCGUGCAAAGAAAGAGGAAGGUGAUAUUUUUGCUGCCAAGAAAGAGGCUUAUAAACCAACUGAGCAAAGGAAGAAUGACCAAAAGCUUGUAGACAAAAUGGUUUUAGGAGUAAUCAAGAAGCACCCAGACCACAAACUUUUGUAUACAUAUUUGUCAGCUAUGUUUGGUUUGAAAUCUUCCCAAUAUCCACAUCGUAUGAAGUUCUAAAUACUAUAUUCAUAAAAUAAAUUGAACUUCUCAAA